AUGAGGUCUGCACUUUUGGGGUUCGGCGUGUUGGUCGCGAGUAGUGCGGCAAACGCGGCAUUUUGCCGCUGCCAGCCAAGCGAGCCAUGUUGGCCUUCCGAGAAUGCUUGGGCCCGUCUCAAUGCCUCAACGGGUGGAAAUCUUGUCAAAAUCACGCCUUUUGCAUCGCCUUGUCAUGAUCCGACUUUUGACGCCGCAGACUGCGCUGUCGUCAAAAACAAUACCCACAGCUCAUCAUAUAGAUCAUCACAACCAGCUGCGUUACAAUGGGCGAAUUGGGAAGCGUGGCCGGAAAAGCAGGAGGAAUGCUUUGUCGAGUCUUCCCAGGCCACACCCUGUCAACAAGGUCGCGUUUCGCUUUUAUCAGUAAAAGCCAAGAGCGCAAAGCAUGUCCAAGAAGCUGUCAAGUUUGCCGCGCGACACAAUGUGAAGCUUGUCAUCAAAAACUCCGGACAUGACUUUAUUGGGCGCUCUUCUGCGCCAAACUCACUGCAGAUUUUCACUCAUGAGUUGAAGGAAAUUUCAAUUGUCGACGAGUUCGUGCCCACGGUUCCGAAUGGCGAAGAUUCUCCCGAGGGCAUCAAGGGUGUAACUCUUGGCGCAGGUGUUCAGUUGCACGAAAUGUACGAGUACCUGGCCCCACAUGGAUUGAUGGUGGUCGGGGGUACAGCGAAUACUGUCGGUGUCGCUGGUGGAUAUAUCCAAGGUGGUGGUCAUUCUUUACUUGGGUGGCUGCAUGGAAUGGCAAGUGACAAUGCUCUUGAAUUCCAAGUCGUUUUGGCAGAUGGCUCACUUGUGGUUGCGAAUGACUACCAGAACUCAGAUCUCUUCUUUGCAUUGCGAGGAGGUGGCGGUGGCAGCUUCGGUGUGGUGAUUAGUGCCACGGUGAAAGCUCACCCGAAUUAUCCCACCGUGCUGGCCGCCUUGAAUUUUACUACUUCUGUCAGUGAAACAUUCUGGAAGGGUGUGGAUGUCGUUCAGAAGAAUCUUCUACCUAUAAACGACAAGGGAGCCUCGGGAUUCUACACCAUCGUUCCGAAUAACCCAGUCUCCAAUUCACAAACAGCAUCGACUAUGACCUUUGUCAUGACGUUCAUCAACCAGACGGACACGAAGCCCGUCAAAGAGCUCUUGGCACCAUUAGAAUCAGAACUCAAAGAUGCUUUGGGCAAAGAACCGCUCUUGCAGACCAUAUCUUUGCCUUCGCUCUCGACUUUCUAUUCCACAUUCUUCACGGGGAGUGACCAGACCGGAGGCCAGUUGCGCAUGGCAAGCCGCUUGAUCUCACGACAGCUCUUCGAGUCUGGGAACCAUACCCGGCUUACAAAUGCCGUCUCGAGUAUCGAGUAUAGACCAGGAGACGGGAUCGUCGGUGCAUUCGUUGCCGGCGGACAGGUUGCUCAGAAUCGCGACAUUGAAUCGGGGCUCAACCCUGCGUGGCGAGAUACUAUACUCCAUUUGAUUGUGGGCCACUAUGAGAGCCCCGAUAUGACCUUUGACGAAAAGAAGUCGCUUGAAACCAACAUCACGAGCCAAGAAGUCCCGAUCCUCAGAUCAAUCGAGCCGGGCGAGAUGGGUGCGUAUAUGAAUGAAGCCGACGCAGAUGAGUCGGACUUCCAACAGUCGUUCUGGGGGGAGCCGGCAAGCAGGGACCCACAUGAUCUUUUCAUUACCCGGAAGGGUGUAGGGAGUGAGAAUUGGGAUGAUAAUGGGUCGUGUCGUCUUAAGUAG